GGGGGCGGUGUCGGAGUUCUGGCUGGGCCUGUUCGGGUCCGAGUUCGGAAUCUCGGUUCAAGGCUCAGUUCCUCGGAUUGUUCCUGCUCAACCUCAGUUUCCCUUCCAGGCACGGGCAAUGAGUGUUUGGCCGCGACGAGUUGGAAAGCCCGGAUGCGUCCUUCGGUUGGGCGGGGUUUCUCAGUGACGUCACUGGGGGUAUAAAAGGGCCUGGGUGGCGGGCGCCCGGGCAGAGCGUCCUAGCAGUGUCACUGCGUGGGUUGGUUGGUGGAGAGAGGCGUGAGCGAGCCCGUUGUCCGGAGUGCACCUGCUGCCUGUUCUGUCCGUCCCGGGAGCCCACGCCGCCGUCGCCGUCGAGUCGCCAUGGAAGUGCAGAAGGAGGCACAGCGCAUCAUGACCCUGUCGGUGUGGAAGAUGUAUCACUCCCGCAUGCAGCGCGGUGGCCUGCGGCUGCACCGGAGUCUGCAGCUGUCGCUGGUCAUGCGCAGCGCCCGGGAGCUCUACCUCUCGGCCAAGGUAGAGGCCCUCGAGCCCGAGGUGUCCUUGCCGCCCGCCCUCCCCUCUGACCCUCGCCUGCACCCGCCCCGGGAAGCUGAGUCCACGGCCGAGACAGCGACCCCCGACGGUGAGCACCCGUCUGCGGAGCCCAUGGACACGCAGGAGGCGCCGACAGCCGAGGAGACCUCCGCCUACUGUGCCCCGCGCCCCGCCAAAGUCAGCCGCAAACGACGCAGCAGCAGCCUGAGCGACGGCGGGGACGCUGGACUGGUCCCGAGCAAGAAAGCCCGGCUGGAAGAAAAGGAGGAAGAGGAGGGGGCGUCAUCCGAAGUCGCCGAUCGCCUGCAACCGCCCCCGGCGCAAGCGGAGGGCGCCUUUCCCAACCUGGCCCGCGUCCUGCAGAGGCGCUUCUCCGGCCUCCUGAACUGCAGCCCCGCGGCCCCUCCGACGGCGCCGCCCGCGUGCGAGGCAAAGCCCGCCUGCCGCCCGGCGGACAGCAUGCUCAACGUGCUCGUGCGGGCCGUGGUGGCCUUUUGAGGACCCCGAGCGGCGCUGCCAGAUCCCAGAGCGCGCGUCGAACCGUCGGCCGGAGGGCGCAGACCCGAGACGAGGCCACCCCCCUCCAUCCCGGGGGGAGCGCCCGCGAAAACCGUGGAGAGAAGCCGCCGCCCGGGCUGCUGAGAGGCCCGGAGAGGGACUCUGUCCCCGGGGAGCCAUCGCCUUCAGUGUGCAGCGACGGCACCGAGGAGUCUGAGCCGGGGGCGCGGGCGCCUUCCGCAGAGACCUGCGCCCAGAGGUGCUGUCUUAGUGGACUGGGACGUGAACCUUUCGCUCUCCUUCUGGACUGGCAGAAGGGAGGCUUGGGUUUUUGUUUUGUAUUUUUGUUUUGUUUUGUUUUGUUUUUUAGAUCUCCUCAGGGUCGGACUUGAUUUUGUACUGGGGGCUGUGCUGGCCCUUUUCAAGGUUUUUCAAGAGUUGGUUUUGCGUUUCCAACCUCGGAGAAUUCCAGGCACUCCCCUUCCCCCUCCACUGACAUACUUGUGUAAGCGGUCAUCGUUGCGUCAUGGGGCAGGCGUGGGGAGCUUCCUGUCGCCUUGCGUGGGUGUGGGGCCUGGGAGGAGGGUCUGGGGCGUGCACCCGCCCUGGGGAGUGGGGAGGAGAGUGGCCUGAGUCACUUCACCCCCGCGUGCUGCUGGUUAAUGUCCCGCGCCUCUGCACCUUCGGGUGAGAGCGGGGGCUGAUCUAGUUUCACAUUCAAGUUUUUCUCAUCUGCAUUAGAGGUGCCCAGUAGGUUCCCAGGUUUCAGCGUGCCCCUCCCUCAGACAUGGACACAAUCAUCCCAGGAGUUCCUGGUCUGAAUCACGAGAAUGUUGGAGGGGUGGGGGUGUCAGUGGAAAAGCAUAAAGCUGAGCUGAGACCAGUUGCUGGUGAAACUGGGACAAUCUGGGGAGGAGAACAUCUUUGCCAGGGAGUUCCUGAGGGUCUGUUUUGUUUACCCUUCGUGUGGUGAAUUCUUUUUAACUCCGUCUACCUGGCGUUUUGUUAGAAAUGUCAGGAAAAUAAAGACCAUUUGAGUAAAAAA